AUGGCCAUCACCAGAAUCGGACUCAUUGCCCUCGCCGACGGCCCUCAGCAAGAUGAGGCAGUGAAGAGGUUCAGCAACUUUGUCAAUGACUGCAAAAAGGAGGACGGCUCAACGUACCUCGUUGCCUCAAAGGCUAGCAAGUGCAAGGUUCUCACAGACGUCCCGGGAUCCCAGGCAUGGUCCGUCGUUUACGAGAUCACCUUUGCCAAUGACGCGGAUAUGGAGUACUACCAGACAAAGGAUCCAAUUUACCAGGAGCUGAUGAAGCAAGCGGCCGAGGGCAAGGCAACGGGCUUCAUUGCUGUGUCUGCAGAGUUCUAG